AUGUAUCACACGCAGUGGUCGCGGAGGGUGUCGUCCCGUCGCGGAGCCGGUGCUCCGGUUUACGUCUACAUCAUGGCGUUACAAGCGCUCCAGCAAUUCUUCCAGCAGCCGUAUUCUCCGCCGGUCACCCUAGGGCUCAUCGCGUUGAUGGCGGGAAUCCAUUUUCGACCCGCAGGGUUUCUGGAGGAUAGUCUUCCGUACGUGUCGGAGAUUUGCAUGAAUCCAGCUCUCGUCGUCCAGGAGCGCAACUGGCGGCGGCUGUUACUGAGCGUGCUGUUCCACGCGGACGACGCGCAUCUGAUCUUCAACAUGGUCUCGCUCCUCUGGAAGGGCGUGCACCUCGAGCGCCGCCUCGGCUCGCCGCGCUUCGCGGCCCUCGUGGCUGCCUUCGCGCUCCUCUCUCAGUCCCUGCACGUCGCUGCUGCGCGCCUGCUGUCUGACGUGCUCGCGGUGCACACGCCGUUCUACAGGGAAUGCUCCGUGGGGUUCUCAGGGGUACUCUUUGCUCUUAAAACCGUCAUGAACGCGGAUUCGCCCGCUUACUCGUCUGUGUAUGGGUUUGUGCUGCCCACUAAGUACGCAGCAUGGGCAGAGCUGCUGCUGAUUCAGCUGCUGGUUCCGGAAGCUUCUUUCCUAGGGCACCUGUGUGGGAUCCUCUCUGGGCUGAUCUACCUCCAUGGCCCUUCCCUCCUGCCGCGCUCUGCUCGUCCCUCCGCCUUGCUGUCCAUGCUCGCUGCUCCGCUGCUCACGCUCUUCCCGUUUCUGCGCAGCUCAAGAGGGCGCACUUGGGGGCUGUGCGGUGUGCCAUGUGUGAGGGAGCACGGCCAGCAGGAGGGAGAGAUGUGGGGGGAGGAAUGA